AAAGAGACAGUGCACAUGCUCAGAAUUGCUGCACUUAUUCUGUUAGCAGUUUGCAGCGGCCAUUUCAAAGAAAUCAUCACAAAGACGCGAGAUCAGAAUAGCGAGAAGGUGGGUAAAAAUCUCAGUUCAAGAUUCAGAGAGGCACCCAUUCCCAAGAUGCUGGCACCCUGCCUUCUGAGAAGAGUGGUCCUUGCGGUUCCAUUAGUUUUUGUGGUUGCACUGCUUCUCUCAGAGCCUAUUAGAUCUGAUCAAGAAGCGGGAACAGCCAUACCAGCUGAAAGCCGUCCCUGUGUUGAUUGCCAUGCAUUUGAGUUCAUGCAGAGGGCUCUGCAGGAUUUAAAGAAGACAGCGUAUAAUCUAGACACACGGACAGAAACUCUGCUUCUUCAGGUGGAAAAGAGAAAUCUGUGUGACUGUGUAGCUGCAAAUCUGCUGAACUGAAUCCUGGAGGCCCACUAAGGAGUAUCGUCUGUUCGGCGGUUAUUUAAAUGCAGCUGUAUGAAAUACAGCUUUAUGGAGUUCAUGUUGCAAGCAUGUAUGCCCCAAUGUACUGAGGAAACGUGGGGAUUGUGUCUUAUGUCCUUGUCUGGUUUUUUUUCUUUAAACAUCCACCGGGUUGCCCAUGCGGACUCAAUUCUGUAAAUCUGUUACUUGGUAUUGGAGCAGGGGGAAAAUUUACCUGCUUUGAUUUUUAAAUCAGAGUUGGCCAAGUGUAACCCACAAGACAAAUACGGGCAGCAGUGGUCUAGAGACACUUGCAGCUGUUUUUUGUCUCUAAUGUGAACAUAACUCUGUGGCAACUUACCCAGUUAUAGAGACAGGGAAUUGUGAUUUCUGUAGGCAUUGCCUGUGUAUUAAAGAUGAUGGAAAUCCUUGCUGUUUGUUGUCUGCACUGUGACCACAUUCAGGCAUGUUGUAGUUUUGUCAGCUGUGAUGAGGUAUGUGUCCUGAGGAGGUAUCUGUGUGCUGUACUUGGAUGAAAUCACUUCAUAUCUUAGUACUGAGUUUUCUGGUAUCUGGCACAAGAGUAUUGUCUUCUUUAUUUGAAGCCUUUAGUUUCUUGCCCGACCCACUCUAUCUCUAAAUAGCUUUAUCUUAGCAGGUCAAAUGGAUAGAGUAGAAAAAGGAGACUAAGGGUGUGACUAGGCAGCCUUGCUAGUUCCAGCUGUACCAAAUGCUACCACCAGCAACUGCUCAGCAUCACAGGAGGAGAGCUCUGGGCAGUGCCAAGAAGUUUCUUCAUGAGAGUGUUCCUUAUCUUACUUCAGGUGAAACACAGUGGUUGGGUCACUCAUAUUUGAUCCAUUCUGUCAUAGGUUGAACUAUGAAUGUUUUGGUCUUUCCCUGUAGUUGUCUUUGAAAGCUGCUGUUUUUAUUUCAGGCAUGUAAACAUACUUGUGUACCUGAAAGAUGAGAUAAUUUUUAUCCUCACAUCAAUCACUUUAUUCAAAGAUACUGUGUCCAUUCACAAGUCUGAAUUAGGCUGAGAAGUUUGACUAGAUGCUCUGAGCUUGUUUGGUGUGAUUUACAGCCAUCACAAACCACUCCAACAAUGAGGUUGUGGGGUGCUAACUUGGCUUGGGAAGUGGAUGGAAGAUGGACAUUUGAAGACCAAAACCUCCUCAGCUGAAUUUGGAAGAUGCCUGCCUGCAGCCUUACUUCUCUAAUUAAAUCAGUGGGACUUUGCAGGAAGUGGAUGAGAAGGGACACAACUCUGCCAAUGCAGCUGUAGGUACGGUAACAAACGGCUGGGGGAGUAGGGGAAGAUGACAGAGCCUCAGUGGCUUGUCAAACCUGUCCACAGCUAAAAAGAUCCAACUGGCAGCACUGCAGGAGCGAUGUGUGGCACUUCAGUUUACCAUGGAGUGAGUGAACAUGGUGAUGAGCAGCACUGGCAUCUCUUUCCCUGUCCAUGGAAAUUGUAGGGAAAUAGCCUCUUUUUACCAGGGAAGCCAACAUUCCCAUUGCAGAACUUGGAGGAAGUCCCAGAACAGUUCAGGUGGUGAAAACUCUGCUCCUAAAUCUGUGGAAUCUGUGGAAUUUCCACCAGGAUGCUGUAGUCUCACCAGCUUGUUAUAGACGUGGACAGGAACCCAACCAUGGUCAGCCACUGUUUUUGCCAGGUGUGAGUAAUAAGAUGUUCUGGCGCAACUGGAAGCAUUUGCAGUUCUUGAUAAUUUUUUCCCUCUGUGUCUUCACAGACACCGGCUUGAACAAAUAAAAUCUGACCUUGUGGAAAUAUUUUCCUCUAGUUGUUCCACUACACUUCUGCCUUCUGAUUCACAUUACCAUACCUGGGGUGGUGAAAUGCAGGACAUAAUGGCUGUUGCCUCAAGAGGAAGCACUCAGGAGGGGAACAGAUGGGGAGAGGGAAAUAGCUUUCUCAUUCUCUUCCUCAGAAUCUGAAAAAUUAAAUAUUCCUAUCAGUUUGCAGAAGAUUCGUUAGAACCAGGAACUCUCUUGUGGAAAUUGCUGUGUGCUCCUUUAAAGCCCACUUUUCCUAUUUUCUUUUGGUUGUUCUGUAUUACCUCUUGUUCAAAACAACCAAAAUGGCAGAAGAACAGAAGACAGCUAAUAUGCCACCAGUUCUAAAAAAAGAUUGGCAGGGAGGUCUGGGAAUCACACCCAGCAACCAGAAUAUCAGUUAUGGACAGGUGAACAGACACUUUUGAAGGAUUUGAAUAUGUAAACACAGCUUUAGUAUGACACAGUGACAAGAGUCAGGACCAUUUUUUAUAGAGCAAAAGAAUACAGCAGAACCAUAUAAACUGACAAAAGUAGCCAGGAUAAUCUGAAGUAAUGUACAGAUUAGUGGUCUUCAGUCCAGACAAGAGAUGGCUGAAGAAGGAGAUGACAAAUGUUUAUAAAACCAUGACUGACAAAAGAGUGACUGUUGUCUCUUCCCAAAAAAGAAGUGGGAUGCACUGAAUCAAAUCAGCUGGAGGUCAGAGCAAGCAGAAGGAUGGUGCUCUUAUCUACUGCGCGUUUCAGUUGAGGAGGUCCUUACUGCAGGACGUUGCUGAUGCCAAAAUUUUACAUGGGUUUAAAAAGCAGUUGUUCAGACUCACGCCUGAAAAUCCUGUUGUAAACCGUUAAAUAUAGAAACACCAACUUCGAUUCUGGAGGUCCCUGAACCACAAGUUGUUGCAGGUUAACAGUGUUGUAGGAAGACAUUGUAGUUGACAUGGUUUUAUGUUUUUCCCUACACAUUUCUUAUUUGUCAGUGCCAAGGAUGAGACGCUGGCUUCAGAAGAACCUUUAGUAUGAUCUGAUGCAGUUCUUAUGUACAGAGAGGAGCCUUUUCCCAAAUUCAGAAAGCAAACCUCCCUGUGCUCCAGAAAGCCACUCCUUAUUAUCCCUUAGAAACAAAUAGUCUUAGAAAGUCUUGAAGAUCUGGGUUUCCCUGUCGCCCGAGAACAGGAGACCAUUAAGUAGACCAGUGGCCCUACUUCUGCAGCCCAGUGCAUUGCAGAGACCGCUCCAAAGGCUCCUUUUAGAAGGCUCCUUUUGGAAAGGAAAGAAAUAGUACUGCAAAAUGUAUGCCUAUUGCCAGGAAGGAGCUGUAUAAUUACUGAGAUAUUAGGAUCUUCUACACAACGUUCAACCCCAGUCUGUCUAACUUUUACUCCUGGCCCUAUGGCCUUUCCUUCGACUCUGUCUUGGAUUUUUGCUCAAGCUCCUGUCCUGUCUGCCCUUGAUGUUGACCAUUGGAUAUGCAAAUCUCUCCUGGGCCAUAAAGAAAUCUUGCAGUGUUUCACUCAUGAAUAGUAAAAAAUUGUGCAUGUGAAAAAUGUCUGAAAGCAGCUGUAUGUUGUUGUGGUCAUGCUACUGAGGUGGGAAAUCUCUUCCAGAUUUAUGGUCCUAUGUCUUUGAUGGCUAUGGCACUAUUAUGCCUCUUGUCCCUCUUUAUCUACACUUAACAGUAUUCUUUUUGCCCUCUGAAAGCUUGACAUUUUUAACAUGAAAAAUGGAAAGCAUUAAUGCAAACAGGUUUUCUCUUCCCAUCAUACAUUACUGCCGCUGUACCUCCUACAAGAAGUGCAUUUUUUCUCCUCAAAAUCCAAAGUUCACUUUUAAAUCCAAACUGAUGUUUCAUAUGUAUUUAAUAGGGCCAUCAGAACAUGCAUGCAUCCUUCUCACUGUACGCCUUGCUCUGUUUUAUUGCCUGUACUACAUUGUGUGAUUGUCUCUUGCUUUGUGACUGGUCUGAGAGCUGUAGGGGGCAAAGAAGUUGUCACGUCAAUAGCACUGGUGAGGUGGCCAUCACACCUCCAGGUGUUGUGAACUGAUUAAAUAAAAAUUACAAUAUAAAUUA